AAAUGCUUAUUCCACAUAAUUCACAGACACGUUCACAACUCUGCAGCUAUAGAAGUAUACAAUACGUACCCUAUCACAACUCAUUUCCUUUUUGUCAAAUAAAAGCUAAGGCGGUUGGUCUUGUCACAACUGAAAGCUCUAUUUUUUUUUAAGCUUCACUUGAUUGCAUGCCUUGUGUUCGAUAAAAGUGAUAGGUGGUUAUUAAGCAAAGCUGCUAGUUUCAUCUCAUCAAAGUUGUUUGAUUAGAUUUGUGUUAAUAUGGAGUAACUUAUUAUCAGCUAACUGAGGAUGGAAGCACAGAAAAGUCAACCUGAAAAGCAGCCAUCGCCUGCUGCUGCAGUCAUCCCUUCAUGUCACACAAAGAAGAAUGAUGAUGCCGCUUUCUUGGAAGAUUUGAAGGACCACAUUGAUGAGUUCAUCCAUGCAUCUAUGGAUGAACACAAAAAUUGCUUCCAGAAGACCCUGAAGAAGAUGUUUGGAAUGUCAAAGAUUGUUGCAGAAAGGAGUUCUGAAACUAAGGAGGUUGAAAGCUCUCUGCCCCUCCAAACAACAGUGUCGGACUAGAAUGCCUCCCCUCCCUUGCUGACAACAUGAUAUUUUAGGACCAUGAUUUUCUGCAAGGAUAAUAAUAUCAUAAAAACAAAGUUUACUACAAAAUUGGUUGUAAUCUAAAGCUACAACCUUACUUAAUAUCAUUAACAUUACUAUAUAUUUCGAAAACCUAACCAUUGGAUUGCAUCUUCUUUAUACUCUUAA